AUGGCAUCUUAUUUGCAGUUCUGCUUCAUCAUUCUCUUGUGCGGAAAAGACUCCCCAUCUGCAACUUCGAUUUCUCUUCAACAACAGACCCUACCAGUCUCCGGAGAAGAUUUUACAAUUGAAUGCAGGUAUCCACCUUCUUCAUAUCCUCGCUCUGCACAGUGGAGACACGAGGACAUCCAGGUUGCUUCUCAAUCGUGCACUUCUACGAGUAGCUGUACAACUACAAUUCAUAAUCCAACAAAGUACAAGUUAAAGGGAAAUGACCACAGCUCAUCGCUUACAAUAAUCAAUUUGACAGCUGGUGACAAUGGGAGAUACGCAUGCGAUUUUAUAAACAAAAGUGGAAUAUGGUCGGCUGAUGAGACAAUACAAGUACUAGAUCCAGUUCCACCAUCAAGGGUCUUUGUGUCUGAUACGCAAUCGGUCUGGCAAUACUCGAACAACGCCAAUAUAAGUGUAACUCCUGGAUUGCCGUACAACAUCAUCUGUGGUGCAAAUACGGCGAGGCCUGCUGUAGUACUGGAAUGGCUAAUACCAGAGGACGUGGCCGUUGUUCAUCAGGAUCAGUCUGAUGACAUUCGAGACGGGUCUUACAUCUCCCGGAAAUCUUUGACAGUUUCACCUUCCAGAGAAGAUCAUGGAAAGAUUCUUAUCUGCAUUGCAUCACACCCAGAACUACAGAAAAAUAUUAGACGCUCCAUUAGUCUGAAUGUUCAUGUUCUGCCGACCAGUGUGCUGCUCUUUCUAACUGGAGGUAACCAGUCACAAUCAACAGUCCUAUACGUUCAAGAAGAUUCACCGACUUCAAUCACUUGUAAAAGUAUAGGGUCAUUCCCAGCAACAGAGCUAUUGCUUGCGUUAGUCGGUGACUCUUACAGGACUCGGAUCCAUGCAAAUUCCUCAAGCAAUAUGAGUGUUCUAGACGGCAUUUUGUUUGACACUGAAAUUACCAUAGCCAUAAGACCAGAUGCCGCGAACCAUGGAAUGAACAUUGUAUGUUCUUCGCAUAUGGAAGACGCCUUCUUUUUAAAAGUACUGACAGCUAGACUAGUUGUUUACGGGUUACCGGUCGAUGUCACAAUAUCUUUCCCAGGUGACAUGUUUGAAGGUGCAGAGACCAACAUAACCUGUAGAGCUCCUAAUGGAUACCCAGCUCCUCUCAUCCACUGGUACAUUGGAUCAAGAAACCUGACAGAUAAUUCAUCACUGGAGACGUCAUUGAAUGCAGCUGAUCGAUAUGAUGCUGAAAGCACUCUCACUUUCAUACCGACGAGGUUUGAUCAUAGGAAACGUCUUCUCUGUCAGGCACUUCAACCUAAUACAACAUCUACUGCGGUGUCCAAGAAUAAUAGCACGGUUCUGAACAUAUCAAGUCAGCACAGAGGGGCGAUGUCAGUAAUGAAACAAUAAAUCUGGUGGACUAUUCAGAGAUUGCAAUAAUUACAAAACGGGUAAAUGAAAUAAUAAUCGUAACGAUACAACAGUUGAAAUGAACAAUGCUUUAUAGCUAUUUUAUACACGCUUUAUCAUGACCAUACGCAUAUUUUGUUCAAAGAAGGUUGGCAGUGAGCGAGCAAAGCGGCCAAGCUUCUCACGGGACAUGUUUUAAAUUUCGCGCACACUUUUGAUAAA